GCCGGUCCCGGGCUACCGGACGAGCCGAUGGUGCACGUGGAGCGAUCGGCGCACCAGGGCACAUGGAUAUGCUGCGUGCCCUGUUACUGGCUACGGAGGAGCAAGGCCGUGCACAAGGCGCUGCUCACCUUCGCUAUGAUGCUGGUCACCAGCCUGCUGGUCACCAGCCCGGUGCUCUUCCUUAUCUCGACCUUGCCGGAGGCCGAGCAGCCGCGCAAAUGUGCGCCAUUGGAUGAAGCUUGCGUUAGAGAGAGAGACGGACCCGAGGGCGUUUGCGACACGGACGUUUGCGUGGAGGCCUCGAAGAGAAUCCUAACAUCCAUGAAACGUGGCGUCGAUCCUUGCAAGGACUUUUACAAGUUCGCCUGCGGCGGUUUCCGCGAUCAGCAGCCCUAUCAGCCGAGCGCGAGCUUCAAUAUACUCGAGGCGCAGAUCGACGAGCGUAUACACAAAACGCUGACAAACGAGACGGGGCAAAUGGUCGCCGCCUUCGAGAAGCUCGGGCAGUUUUACGAUACUUGUCGUGACUUUAAGAAGAAACCCGUAAAUUUUACACCCGUUUACGGGCUAUUGGACGAACUUGGUGGUUAUCUCUCGCCGAAAAGCGCGGUACCGAUCGACAUCACCCCUCUAAUCUCCUCAUUGCUGAAAGUAAACGGCGCGCCCCUCUUCGACUUAUACGUCGACGUAGAUCUUUACGAUCGCACAAAGUCAUCCGUAUAUCUUGAUUUUCCUGCCAAGUACCAGAAUUGUGAGCUUCUCGCAGAGGACCAGAAAAACAGAGACGUACAAAGAUCGCGUAGAAUUCGAGAGAUCGUCCGAGGGUUCUUGCCAAAAAAUAUGGAUCCUAACGAACAAUUGUCGGAGACGGAUCUACUUUUGCAGUUUUGCUUAUCGCUCGAGAAGAUCUAUCCGAAGCACAAAGACUUGUACACUUGGGUGGACGUUGAACAGAGGGUGUACAUCGCUUACAACGUUACCUAUCUCCAAGAAAGCUUUGGUUACAUAAGAUGGAGAUCGCUACUGAAUACCACGUUACGCUACCGCGCGAGCGGCGUCGAUCUGCACGACGAUAAUAACGACACGAACCGCGUACACCGGCCGCCGACGUACGUCGCAUCCGAGGACCAGCAGAUUUACGUCUACAUUACGGCUCCACGUUACUUUCGCAGCCUUGGCAAGCUACUGAGUCGCUCCUCCAGACGGAUUAUUCAUAAUGGAUUGCUGUUGCUUUACGCGACGGACACGUUGCAUGACAUCGCGAACGUCACCGCCGUCAAGGACUGGGCGGACUCCUGCUACCGACUCACCAGAAGCGUCUUCGGCGAGGCGGUCAGUGCGCUCUACGUGCGGCAGUACACUCCAAAGUACUUGGAAACUCUGGUCAACAGGGUGACUGCGCUAUUCGAGCGUGUGAAGGAGACGAUAGCCGAGCGUAUACUAGUGAAGUCGUGGCUAGACGACGAGACCAGGACGCAAGCGUUGCAGAAACUCAAUUCUUUGCAGGGUCGAUUUCACGUGUCGCCCGAUUUUUACAAUGACACCUUGCUGGCACGCGAUAUGGCCGAGGUCGUAAUCGACCCGGACGACUUUAUCGCUACCGUCCUGAGAAGGUUCCGUCAGAUACGAGGCUCGCAAGAUCGAAGUCUGUUACGAAAAAACGCAAUAACGAGACGUCACUACCCUCAUUCCGUACACGCCUAUUACGAAUCCUCCACAAACACCAUCGGUAUUCCACUGGCCAUGAUGACAUCCUGGGCAUGGUCGUGGGACGGCGGACCGGCUUUUGCGGUACACGCCACGCUAGGAUCGGUCAUCGCGCACGAGAUCCUUCACGCCUUCGAUUUCCAUCGUCGUAAACUGCUCGCGGAGCCGGACCGAGAUAUCGACGAGUGGCUUCGCGUCACGCCGGACACCUGGAGACGAUUGGAGACCAAGAUAGAGUGCGUCGCGCGGCUUUACGCCCGUAGUUUCUGGCGGAAGGUCCAGUCUUAUGGGAACGACGUUGCCGUGCAGUUCGAUUGGAACAUGACGAAGAACGAGAACGUCGCGGACAUCGGCGCUCUGCAAAUUGCCCACAAGUCCUGGCACACCUUAACGAACGGGAAGGACCGGAGCCUCCCCGGAUUGGAAGGUCUCCGUCCGAGUCAGCUAUUCUUUAUAAGUGCUGCACAGGUACACUGUGUUAAUACGACUCUCGAGGCCUACCUCUUCGGGGUCGAGUUCGACUAUCAUGCUCCUCAUCCUGAAAGAAUCAACAAUGUAAUGAUGAAUUCUCAGGCGUUCGUAGAGGCGUUUCGCUGUCCACUCGGAGCAAAAAUGAAUCCCCCGAAUAAAUGUACUGUCUGGUGAUCGUACGCGUUCGUCGAAAUACAAAUACAUAAAUCGAGCGUGUAGCAGACCGUCUAAACCUCGCUUAAUUUUAUCUCAAAGUUAAAAUACAAUUGUAAGGAUUAUUUCAGGAUCGUAGUUCGCAACGGAAAGUAAUGCUGCGGGAAUGGGCAUUUGCUUCUUGUGAAAACUAAACUAGUAACACUUCACUCAUUAAAAGCAUUAAUUGCAAUACAAAGAAUUUAACAUUUCACAAUCUUACAAUAUUUUUUCUCUUCUAAAAAAGACGUUAGUAUUAGAAUUAGUAAACAGAUCAUUCUUAUUGAUCUCACGCUUGAAAAAUUGCAUUCUCUUCUUGAAAGCUUGCCUUAUAAAUUAGAUUUAAGAUAAGAGAAAGCAAAGUGUUCUGGCAUUCAUUCAUUUUUUAAAUCCUUGACAUAAGAAUAGAAAUGCAAAUCAAGCAAAUACUCACAAGUUAAAAUAAUGUUGUUAAUUUCAUUCACAACAUUAUUAAUAAAAUUAUUUUUGAAAAGAUAAAAAUAAAAGUAAUUGUGUAUAAAAACUUACUUAUUUUGUGAACUUCAAUUUUGUUUUAAAAAUUAAAUUUUAACCAUUAACUCUUUUGGACUUUCGAUUGUUAAAGAGCUUCAUAGAAUAAAUUCGUUCGAUAUAACCGUCGCUCUUUUGACAUUAUGUAGAAUAAGAAGAAACACACUCUUUGUUUAUUGUAGUUCCUAUAGAAUUCACAAAAGGAUUACUAGAUUUAAUUAAAUUUCACAAAAUCAUUAUAUCCGCCCGUGAUGCUGUGAAGAAACUCGUCGAUUAGAAUAAAUUGUAGCCAAUUGUGUCGAUUUGAAGUCGACUAGCGAUGGCCUGCAAGACAUCGCGAUCAAUUACAACGAAUUGUAAGGAUCCACACUAAUUUAUAUUUGUAAUGAAUUAUAACAAAUUGUAGUGAUAAGUGAGAUAAGGAGCGCAUAGGCACGUUGGUGGUCUUCGAUAAUGACGUUAGCAACAAAAAUUGGGUUUACAUACGAUAAGCAAUUACGGAACGCAAUAAAUUAUUAAUAUCCACAUACUCGACGCUGUUGAUAAAAUAUAAACGAAAUAUUACAUAUUGCUGUUACGGUGCUGAAAAGUAUAAUAUAUAGGAGUGACGCAUGUAUGAUAGGAAUAAAAUCUGUGAUAUGUAUAUUAAAUAUUUCCCUGAAUUCCUGGCAAAUCCAUUUUUUGUUGGUAAUGCCAGACAUUAUCGAUAUAAUAAUCAAUUUGUAUACCGAGAAUAUCUUUAGGUAUUCCGCUUUAGUUAGAGACAAACUUGCAAGAGUACGUCACUUAUGUCGAUUGCUCGCUCUUGAAUUGUUCAUAAGCUAUUAUAAGCAGUUCGUAUCCGGAUGUUUCAAACAAAAUGCCAUUUAACCGCAAAAACCUGGCGGGCCGUUAUUUAUUCAAAGUAAUCUUUCAAAUUUUUGAUAAUAAAUAUAACACCAAGAGCUUUAGAAAAUAAGUAUGAAAGGAGUGAGUAAAGCGCGAACGAUACAUUAUUUAAUCAAGAGAUAAAAUUUGAUUCUUUCAUUUAUUAAUUAUAUAUGUUCAAUAAAAAUAUUUUGAUCGCUCAGAAUUUUGCGACGUUGUCGUAACCUAGACACACAAUAUUAUGAAACAAAAAAUGUUAUCAUAAUAAAGUAUCACGAAAACCUAAAAUUUGCUUAAACUUGUAUUUUGUUUUAAAAAAGUAGUUAAUGGCAAAGAAUUAAGACGUUAUAAAUGCCGAUUUGCACAUUAUAUUAACAGCAAUUGCAACAAUUAUAAUACAAUACAGUUACACGUCCAGUUAGUGCCUUGUUAAAAUGCAAAACAAUUACAAAUAUUAUGCAAAAUAUUGCACUUAAUUACACUUAAUACUACAGUGUUUGACAUUUAAUGUCAAAGUACAGGCCAUUUAUUACGGACUUAUUUUGUAUUAAGAUAGCUAUAAAUAAAUAAAGGAUUUAGAACAUUGCAUUACACGUGCAGUUAUAUGGCACAGAGUAUGUUAAAAUAAAAAUAAAAGGUAUUAAGUUUUAACACAUAAAAACA